GGAAGUAAACGCUAAGGAGAGAGGAGAGCCGCCAGCCGCCAGGUGAGCACCACGGCGGCAGCGCGCCUUGAAUUGAUCUGCGCCGCCCGGCAGAGUGGUCCCGUGGCGCAGUCAGGCCUGCAGGUUUGGGCGCUCCCCUCUUCGCCUAGCUGGUAUGAGGUGAAGCAAAUGGCCAUGAGGGACGAACCGUGAAAGACUAAUAACGUGGUGUCUUGCCUGCCAGCGAGCGGAGGUAGUGAACACUAAUCAUACUGUACAAUACACGGCUGUGGUCUCGUCAACUUCCUCUCUGCCGGACCUGCCUCUCAGCGCCUAUCUAAAGCUUACCUCCGAAAGAGUAAACUUCUGAUACACACUGCAUCAUGUCUGACGGGGGCCUGAAGGUGGAACAACCUAUGGAGAGCAUGGAGGCUCUAUCGAAGGAGGCGGAGGAGCUCAAGGUCAAAUUAGAAGAGGAACGUCAAAAGUUAAAUGACGUGCCACUGACAACGGUGGCGGCACGGCUGGAGAAUCUGGCUCCUCUAAACAUCAAGCCACGGCGAGUGUUGCGGGGCCACCAAGGAAAAGUUCUCUGCUCAGACUGGUGCAAUGACAAGCGGCACUUGGUCUCUUCUUCCCAGGAUGGGAAGAUGAUCAUCUGGGAUGCUUUCACCACAAACAAGGAACACGCCGUCACUAUGCCCACCACGUGGGUCAUGGCCUGCGCCUACUCCCCGACUGGGUCCAUGGUGGCUUGUGGGGGGUUGGAUAACAAGGUAACAGUCUACCCACUAAGUUUCGACGAGGACGUGACGCAAAAGAAGAAAGCUGUGGGCACACACACUUCCUACAUGUCCUGCUGCACCUUUCCCUAUUCUGAUCAGCAGAUCCUGACCGGCUCCGGGGACUCGACCUGUGCAUUGUGGGACGUAGAGUCUGGCAUGAUGCUGCAGAGCUUUCAAGGCCACCAGGGUGAUGUAAUGGCGCUGGACUUGGCACCCUCGGAAACUGGAAACACAUUCGUCUCCGGCGGUUGCGACAAACUAGCUCUCGUGUGGGACAUGCGGACCGGCCAGUGUGUGCAGAGCUUUGAGGGUCACGAGUCGGACAUCAAUUCUGUUAAGUUCUAUCCCUCAGGCGACGCCAUAGCUACAGGAUCUGACGAUGCGACGUGUCGUCUCUUCGACUUACGAGCUGACCGUGAGAUUGCCAUCUACACCAAAGAGAGCAUCAUCUUCGGCGUUAAUUCGGUCGAUUUUUCUGUCAGUGGUCGUCUACUUUUUGCUGGCUACAAUGACUACACCGUCAAUGUGUGGGACACUCUCAAGUGUAACCGCCUAACCAUUCUCUACGGUCACGAGAACAGGGUCUCCUGCCUCAAAACGUCACCAGACGGAACUUCCAUAUCUACCGGCUCUUGGGAUUUCACCCUCAGGGUAUGGGCCUGAAUGAAGACGCGGCUGAAUGAUUAGCUAUCAACGGUGAUGUUGAGGAGCAGCGCGAGACAGGCAGCAAGGGGACGCCAAUCUCUUCUCGCAGAACCAGUGGUGUGUCGCAAGGUAGCAUUAUCCUUGAGGAGUCUGAGUACCGUAUUUAGCUCGUCUUUAGACAUUUAUACCUCGUGACUUCUUCCUCUAGCAGGAUCACCAGUGUCUCCUUCCUUUGGUAGGAUGACCAAAUGAGGACUUCCAGUAGACUGCAUCCCUACUCCACACACACACACACACACACACACACACACACACACACACACACACACACACACACACA